AUGGGUCUCCUCUCUACCUUUGGCCGCCCACGGCCAGUUACUGUACCCACCGACCGAGUCGUCCAUCUACGAUACUGGGAUGAUUUACAUUACCUACGCAGUCUUUGCCAUGACUUUACCUUCCGCUUUGACGACGUCCUUGAUGCGUCGAAACUCGAGGCAGCACUGGACAGGCUGAUGGAGAUCGGUGACUGGGGCCAACUGGGGGCUCGCCUGCGACUGAAUGAUAAUGGAAAGCUCGAAUAUCACAUACCCGCCGAGUAUGACAAGAGCACCCGUCCCGCUUUUGGCUUUACCACCGCCGAGUAUGGCAUCAGUAUCAAUGAACACCCGUUAGGCGCACGUCUGCCAACAACAGGCCAGGACCAAUCUGUUUUGUCGCCAUCUUGCGCCGAGUUUGCCCCAUUGGUCCGCCAUGAAGAUAGUCCCCGAGAGUUGGCCGACUGGAUCUAUUCCGAUCGCCCGCAACUGCAUGUCCAUGUUGCUGUCUUCGAAGAUGCAACUCUUUUGACGGUCAGCUACCUUCACACCUUGUUCGACGCCGUCGCGCGGACCAAUUUCUUCAAGGCAUGGAUUGCUGUUCUUGAAGGCCGGGAAGAAGAGGUGCCACCUUUUGUGCCUUUUGACCAGGACCCCUUAUGCCAAUUGGGCAAGGAAGUCGCUCGGGAGAACUACACCCACUUUGGGCGACUCGUUGCCGGGUUGAGUCUCGUGCUCUUCGGACUCAGGUAUCUAUUCGAACUCCUCUGGUUCCGAAAGGAAGAGGAACACCCUAUCCGGGUUCCGGGACACUGCGUGGAACGGAUGAGGGAAACCGCCCAACAGGAACUGGCCGCUGCCACUCCGGAGGGAGCGGAAGUGCCUUUUCUGAGUGAGCCUGAUGUCGUCUCUGCGUGGUGGGUGAAGACAAUGGUUACAGCCCUGAACCCUGCGCCGAGCCGAACCGUCAUGGUGAUGAGUCCCUUCAACGUAUGGGGUCUGUUUAAGGAAUCUUUCCCUGCCGGCGCUAAGGGUUUCAUUGGCAAUGCAUUCUUCAAUUCCUACACAGUGCACAAGGCGGGUGAAGUCCUUGAGGAUAACAACUUGGCCCACUUGGCGUGCAAGAACCGGCAGGCACUCGUGGAACACAGAACCAAGGAGCAGGUCCAAGCGAUGACUGCCAUUCAGCGACAAUCAUUCAUGCAAUUCCCACCCCUCGUUGGCGAUUCAAACCUUCUCUUCAUGACACACACCAACCAACACAAAGCCAGGUACUUCGAGACUGACUUCUCAGCUGCUGUUGUUGCGACCGGUGUGCCUCUCACCGAGAGACCUCAUGCUCUGGGUAGACCGUCUUAUAUUAACGACAUUGAACAUUGUCGCUUGUACCCGACUCGCAAUGUUUGUAGGGUGAUCGGCAAGGAUGCUGCUGGUGACUGGUGGCUUUUGUUUAAGACUCGCUCUGAGGCAUGGCCUUCGAUUCACAGGCAGUUGGCGACUUUGCUCGGCAUCGACCAAGCGGAGGCAAGGGACGUCCCUAAUGCAGUGGACCAGGUAGCCAUUACCCACAACGGAAGCUCGCCGGCAAAGAUGUACUCCGAGGCUAGGGGAAUGCUUCUGCAAAUCCGUCUUCUCUGGAGGCUCUUAGUAUAA